AUGACUGGGGCUGCAAAUAUCGAAGAAGUAAUGGCCAUCAAAACGGAAAUCAUCGACUUACUAGGUAGCGGAGGAUUUCCUCUUCGGAAGUUUGCAUCAAAUAACGACAACAUCAUAGCUGACAUACCUGAAUCGGAUAAGGAAGUAAAUGUUAAUAUUGGUGACUUUUCAUACAUCAAGGCGCUACGACUCAAGUGGUCACCUCAAGACGAUGUUUUCAUGUUUUCGUAUACGCCUUAUGAUCCACCUUCGUCGAAGGUAAGCAAACGCGUAAUUCUUUCGAAAAUUGCGACUUUCUUCGAUCCGCUCGGAUUAUUAAAUCCAAAUAUAGUUACUUGCAAACUGUUGAUGCAUGAGCUUUGGAAGCUCAAGCUAUCGUGGGAUGAAAGUGUUCCAAUGUCAAUCCACACCCAAUGGACGUUUAUUUGUCAUCAGAUUACAUCGGUUAACAAAGUACGAGUGCCAAGGUUCGUACAUUUCAACGUUGAAGCCCAACUACACGCUUUUGCAGACGCAAGCACAAGGGCAUACGGCGCAUGCAUUUACGCAGUAUCACAUUCGGGUGGGACAACGCAUGCAUCGCUUAUAUGUGCUAAAUCUAGGGUGGCACCAACCAAGGAGAUAACUCUCCCUAAAUUGGAACUCUGCGCUGCUGUUCUUCUAGCAGAGUUGGUACAAUCGGUAGCAACUGCUUUCUCUGCAGGCCCUAGCAAUAUACACUGUUGGUCAGACUCUACCAUUGUAUUGUCGUGGAUACAGGGUGAACCAACACGAUGGACAACAUUCGUUGCCAAUAGGGUGAUCAAAAUCCAGCAGCUUACAGCAAACUACACUUGGCAUCAUGUGCCCUCAGAGGAGAAUCCCGCAGACAUAGUGUCACGUGGAGCCAAGGUGCAUGAUCUCAUCGGCAACAAUCUCUGGUUCCACGGACCAAUUUUUCUGCAGCAGGCAGAAUCGAGGUGCCCCGAAAAUCCAAUGAAUAAUAUGGAGACGUUGCCAGAGCGGCGCAAAAAACAUCACGCUCUGCUGACAGCGCAUUCAGAAGCAUAA